UUGUUUACGCCAGAAACGUCACGACGCCCCGUUCUCACUGCGCAUGCGCGUCUCUUCAGCGGAAAUUUGAAGUUGUUUUGAUUCCGCAUUAUUAUAAUGCAGAAUAUGAGAUGCCAGGCUUCGAGCUGGAGCAGGUGGACGGUGGCAGUCCUGUAGAGCGGCCCUAUGGAGAAACUGUUCUGGGGAGAGGACUAUUUCUAGGGGUGAAUGAUAAGAGAGUGUCCAGGAACCACGGCAUCCUUGAGAACCAGAAUGGUCAGCUGCGUCUGAAGCCUACACACCUGAACCCAUGUUUUAUUCAGACGAACAUUGUGGCUUCCCCUCAGCCGCUGGAGAAGGACCAGUGGCAUUGCCUAAAGGAGGGUGACAUCUUUUCUCUCAUGCCUGGGAAAUACAUUUACAGAGUGCGUGUCAAAGACGAUGAUCAAAGCCCCAGAAACAGUCAGGCAUUUGAGGAGGAGGUGCAAAAGUGUUCGAGUGGACCAGCAGCACUCUCUCUAGACUCGGCCACACUUGAAGCCAACAACAUGCCCACGAGCCCAAGCGCCACACUCACAGAAGAUAAAGGAGCCGGUGAUCCUUCACACACUCUUUCCUCUCCAAAUGAGGCAGCCACGAAGAGCCAACAGGGCGAGUCUGAUCUGCCACAGAAGAAGCGUAUUUUGCCGGCCUGGAUGAUGACCUCAGCCAAAGGCGAGAGCUCAGCGGUAAAGGCAACUCCUACAAAACCCAAACAAGGAGCUACAUCCAAGAGGGCAACUGGACCCAAACGGGCUCGUGCCGCACAGGUGUCAUCUGAGGAAGAGAAGGUGGAGGAAGUGAUGCCCAAAAGAAAAGCAGAGAGACCGAAGAGUGACUCUGGAGACGAGUCUGCGCCUGUGGAUGAUGCACCCACUCUCAAGAGCAGCAGAGUCGGAUUAGUCCCGGAUGGAGAGAACAGCACUGGUGUGAAUGGGGAGGGAAGAGGAGCUGAGGUCAGACGAGCUCACGCUGUAGACUCAAAGACACAAGAAGAAGAUGCCAGUGAUUCUCAGGUCAGCCAGGGACGGCCGCAGAGCUCAAAGAUCACAGAGAGCAAGACGAGCACCAGUAAGGUGAAAAAACGGUGACGGACUCCAUGUCCUUACGGCAGCUCCUGCUACAGGAAAAAUCCGGUCCACUUUCAGGAGUGCAGUCACCCUGGAGACAGCGACUAUGAGGAAGAGGAGGCAGAGGAUGCUGACAGUGACAGGCCGGACUGUCCGUAUGGCACCCACUGCUACAGGAAGAAUCUACUUCACAAGAAAGAGUACAAACACACUAAAUCACCACCCAAGACCGCUGCUGCUGCUGCUGAGGAUGAUGAUCACUAUGAAAACAGUUUUAUUAAUAAUGAGAGUGAGGAGGAGGAGGUGGAUGAAGACUCGGACUAUGUGCCCGAAUCAGACGACAGUGGCAAAGAGGACAUUAAACGCCUGCAGAAAGAAGCGAAAGCAUUCGAGGAAGAAGUGACUUUCGUUUAGGGUAUUUUCCAUGAAAACAGCUUCUUGACACUAAUCUCACAACAACUAUGAAACAUCUCACACUCUCCAAGGAGGCAUUUUAUUAAGUCUUAGAUUAUUUUCAUGACCUUUUACCUUCGUAUUUUAAGGAAUAGUUCAUGUAUGUAUUUAGCACAACUCAUAUAGAGUACUUUAUCAUACUUAAUAGUUGAUUUUCUGUUGAUUGGACCAGGGUUUAGAGUCAUAGGAAAAGUAAACACUAUUAUAAACACUGAAGAAACGGUAAUAGUUAGUUUAGUUGCACACUUUAAAAAAAAAAGAAGCUUUUUAUUGCUACAAUUACAGUGCAUUGGGCAUUUAUACAUUUUACUUUAAUCAUUAUUUAUCUGCCAGUGACAUUUAUAGAGCAACAGCAAAGGUACAAGUAUAACAUUGCUGCUUUAUGAGUUUGGCUUCCUAACUGAAAUGGAACCCUAUGUGAGCGACUUGGAACACUACUUAGGGAGUAUCUCUGUGCAUCAUACAAAUAGCACUCUUUAGGUGAAGUGCACAGGAGGUAUUGAAUAAACAUUAUGAGGUUUACCUUGUCUGAUGCAGCUUUAGAAUUUGGACAAAAGGAAGUAUCUUUGUAGGCAGGCUGUCUACAACAGCAUUCACAUCGGAAGGAUGCCUUUAUGCCUUAAAAUGCUGUCGAGGUAGGCAGCUUGCAUUGUUUCUGUUUUGUAAGAUAAAGCA